ACACCUCAACACACAAACACACACCUGUCUUCAUCGUCCUCGUCGUCCCCGUCGUCUUCAUCGUCUUUGUCGUCUUCGUUAUCUUCGUCGUCAUGCACAGCAAAGAACAGAUCAGCCAUGAUGAAUACCAGAAGACAGCUGAUUGGCUGAUGUCUCAGACGAAACACCGCCCCCAGGUGGCGAUCAUCUGUGGGUCCGGACUGGGCAUGCUCGCUGAUGCACUUAAAUGCCAGGACUCGUUUGCGUAUUCAGAUAUCCCAGGUUUCCCUCAGAGCACAGUGCAGGGUCAUGCUGGUCGGCUGGUAUUCGGAGAGCUGAAGGGGAAGUCGUGUGUGUGCAUGCAGGGUCGAUUCCACAUGUAUGAAGGACACUCACUCUGUAAGACAACGUUCCCAGUUCGUGUGUUCAAGCUGCUGGGGGUGGAGACUCUGAUCGUCACCAACGCCGCCGGCUCAUUGGCUGACGGCCUCCAGCCUGGUGACAUCAUGAUCAUCAAAGACCAUGUCAACUUCCCCGGAUUGGUCGGUUUGAACCCGCUGUGUGGACCCAACGAUGACAAGUUCGGGCCUCGGUUUCCUGCUAUGUCCGGUUGCUAUGACAAAGGCCUGCGUCGCCUAGCGAUGGAGAUUGGUAAGCAGCUGGGCGUGGCCGGUGUGAUGCAGGAAGGCGUGUACGCCAUGGUGGGAGGGCCCAACUUCGAGACCAUCGCUGAGGCAAGACUGUUACACCGACUAGGAGUGGACGCCGUUGGUAUGAGUACGGCCCCAGAGGUUGUCGUGGCAACGCAUUGCGGUCUGAGAGUCUUCGGCCUCUCGCUGAUCACCAACAAGGUGGUGAAAGCUUAUGAGGACUCAGACUCUGUGAAUCAUGAAGGUGUUCUGGAGGUCGGUCGGCUUCGCUCCCACACUCUACAGCAGCUGGUGACCGAACUGAUCAGCAGGAUGGAGAUCAAUAACAAUAACACCAGUAAUAACUGAUCAGCAGGAUGGAGAUCAAUAACAAUAACACCAGUAGUAACUGAUCAGCAGGAUGGAGAUCAAUAACAAUAACACCAGUAGUAACUGAUCAGAUCAAUGGAGAUCAAUAACAACAGCCUUUGGACUUCAUGUUGAUUCGUUUUGCCUCUAAAUUCAGCUCUUUAAAUUGUCUAUAAGUACUUCUGUGUCUGGAUGGAAAACAGUUGAAAGGCUUUAUUGUCUUCACGUUGACGUCUUCAGGUCCAGGCUCAUUUAAAACGGUCUGAUGUCACCAGUUCAAUGGAAAAUGGGAAGACUCCACAAUCAAACCAAAAUCAUGGACUUCCUGUUGAGUUUACUUCAUGGCUCCAAGAGGCUUCUGUACACAUUUGGAGCUGAUACAUACUGUAUGUUCACCAAACCUGCUCCAUCUAGGCCCAUUUAAAUAUAUAUAUAUUUUUCAGACCCUCAAUGAUAGCUAAAUCAUCACAGCAGCACCACUGAUGGAACAGUCACUAUUUUGAGCUUUCCAUCAUGUCUUUAGGUGAAGCUGAUCAGACAUGACACUUUGACACAUGUCACUUGGGUCAAAUCUCUGAGAGGAGUUUAUUAAAGUGAAGCAUCUGGACAUGGAAAAAAAACUGGACCAAAUGGCAUAUUCAGACCAAAAUGGUGGACUUCCUGUUUAGUUUAUGGCUCCAAAAGGCUCUUCUUUGCAUCUGGUCCUGAUGUACGUCUACAUCAAACUAAAUGGAGGAGCUCGAUUAUUGAAGAUUGGAAGGACGUGGUAAUGAGCCACUUUUCUGGUUAAACCUUCAUAAUUAGUUGCGACAUCACAUCAACAAUAUUCAACACAAAGUUCUUUAGAUGAUACUAACCCCACUUACAUUCACUCUCUAGGAAGAGAAUGAAGUACAACUGGAAAAAUGCAAGAAUAAUGCAACAAUUGCUGUUCCAAACCAACAUGGUGGACUUCCUGUUAGGUUUAGAGUUUGGGCAUUUUUUUUUUUAUCCAUCUGGACCUGACUCAUGUUUUUACCAAAUCUUCAAAUAUCUAAGUCAAACCUCAUGAGGUGACUCAUUUAUCUGUUUUCUAGACUAUGGAGCUAUUGUAUUACAUCCAGACCAAAGAGGCCUAUAUGUACUUAACACUUGUACUUAAUAUCGAUAUCUGAAGAACAAAAUCUCCUACCUAGAAAAUGUAAUUUUUUAAAAUUUGUUUUCUUCCCUACUUGACAAAUGGCAUUCUGCAAGAAAACAAAGUUGUUUUUUUAGUUUUCUCAAAAAUGUGCAUUUUUCAGACAGGAGGUUUUGCUCUUCAGCCAUCACAGUGAACAUACGGAUAUAAUUAGAAUAAAUAGUAGUGAAACCUGAACAACCUCAACAUAAAUAUUUGGUAUUUUUACAGUGUCAGUAGUCACAGUGUGUUAUUGAAUGAGUUGAAUUCAGAGGUAAAAUAAAACUGUUAGAAAUCCAGAGACUUUUAGGUGUAAAAUCUCACACAUUUGCUUCCACACACAGUGUAAAUAUAUAUUUUUUAUGAUCUUUGCUGUAAUAAACUUUAUUUAUAGCAACAUGGUGCCUAAUAUUGUCUGUCAGGGGAAAUGUGAAUGUAAUUAUCAUUAUUGAGAUUUGAUAUUAAGUCUACAGAUUAAUAUAACAGCGAUCAAUCACUGUGUUUGAUGGUGCUUUAAUAUGAAAACACAAAGAUGUUUUUAAAGAGUCUUUUCUUGUACAUUGUACAUGUAGAAUUGUGGGGUUUCAUUUUGUAAAGAAUGUCACUGACUUCCUGUUAAUCUGAUUAAAUUGGUCAACCCAUA